CGUGAAAACCGUCGUCGUCGUCGUCGUCGCUGCUAAACGUUUAUCUCUCUCGUCCGGCGGAUUCGACAGCCGCCGUCACACCCGUACGUCCCUCGGCACCCGUCCCGCCAGCGAUUUGGUCACGGCCUCCCCCCCCACUCCCCUCCCGACGACAGCGGUCCGCCGCCGCCGAGCCCCACCGACGACGGAACGCGGGCACCCCGAGCACGAACCGGCGGCGGCGGCGGCGGCGUUAGUGGGGGGGCCCGCUCCUCCACUCGUCGCGGACGGCUAUUGUGACGCGGCGGCGGGCGGGUGGAGGCGGACGAGCGCCUCCGUGUGUGUGCGCGUACGUACCGUACACGUAGUCGGCACGCACACACAGAUACGCACACGUUCGGCAGCGCCGCCGGUAGUAUUGUGCAAGUGUUACACGCACACACACAUACGUUAAUGCGCGUAAAACACACGCACGCACACAGUACGUCCGUACUCGGAGUUCGAGCUGAGCUGACGUCUCCCGAACGACGAUUGUGAUUUUCUUCUAAAUUUUUUUUUCGCCUCCCCCGACCCACGUUUUUCGUGGGUAUUUUCAAAAAAUUUUUUUGAAGUUAUACUUCUUUUUUUUUUUUAAAAUUUUUUUCCCAUUCCGCUAGUAAAUCCCCAUCAUCGUCGUCGUCAUUUGAUUAUCGAAUUCGUUUCGAAAAAAUCACGUUUGCGGUCUCGUCGUAGUCGUCGCCGCCGUCGCCGUCGUCGUCGUCGGUCGCCAUCGCCGCCGGCACGUACUGCUGCGCGACAAGUGCGCGGUCCACGACGUCCGCCGCGGUCGGCCGUACGCGUGACAUUACGUUACCGCCGUCCACCGGCCGCCGUCGUCGUUUCCGCGAGCGCGCUCGUUCCCCGUUUUCGUGCGCUCUCGUCCGCGCUCGGCCCCCGAAAAUCGGCGACCGUCCGCGCGGAAAACGACCUGUGCAGAGGAGUUUCGUAAUACGUCACGUCGAACGCCACGCUGCUUUUGAAAAAACUACACACACUCCUCGUAUAUUUUAAUAAAAAAUCAAAUAUCGAAAACGUAAAUUGAAAAAAAAAUAAAAAAAAAAAAUCGCCACCGUCCGCCGCGCGACGACCGUAGACGCGAGAGCGGGCGCGCGCGCGCGCGCGCUGGCGCGUGUGCGGCACUGACACGCACGGUCGCUCUGUGCGAGAGGAGCCGCGAGAAGUGUAGUCGUUGCUCCCACAGCGACGACGGUGACCGCCGCGGACAGAGAGGAAACGCGCACAUUCGCCCACGGCCAUGGCGGGCAUUCAACAGGUCAGAACCGGCGCGGACGACGGCGUACGCUGGACGCAGACCGUCAGCUCCACCACCGCCGCCGCCGUCGCCGUCGCCACACCCGGCACCACCAAGAGCAAGACGCAUCCGCCGCCUUUGCGCACAAGCCGGUCAGUCAUCGAGGGGGUAGUCCACUUUCGUUUUCGAGACAACCAGCGCACACUAACAGAUAUUGGAUUUUUCGGGGAUACAUUUCCAUCUACUAUCGUGGAGCCUUUGUCGGGCAGGAGCCGCUCAUUGCCGUCUCCGCCAAUCCAAUGGAUGUCAUCCCGCAGGAAACACGGGUUGCCCAGAGGAAACGCCGGGGAGGACCUGCGAAUGACUGCAGAGCCCUGUGGUGGCGGAGAACUGAUUCGGAUCACUACCCUGUCGUCGCCGGGACCGCAAAGUCCGUCGUCCAGGAGUCAGCACUAUGACCCGGAAUACGCGAAAAUCGAAGCGUGGCUCGACGAGCACAGGGAUUUCGCUUACGAUUAUUUUCUCAGAAAAGCUACUAGAAACAUCGUGGACGCCUGGCUCGUUUCGCACGCUUCGGCCAGCAGUUGUGGUGCUACCGGCGGCAGCGGUUGCGGAAGUGGCGGAGGAAGUAGCGGCGGAAACGCGACGAUGACGCCAACAGGCAUCGAACGUCAGCAAUCUAUAGGCACUUCCGCCUGCAGUGGCGGCGGUAGUGGCAAUAGUGGCACCACAACACCGGUGCGUAAGAUAUCGGCACACGAAUUCGAACGGGGUGGCCUAAAGCCCAUGGUGACCACCGUGGACGGCACACCCACAUUCCUCGCGUCUUACGAACAUCCGGACGAGACGACCACUGCACCGGUGGCAAGGAGACGAUCCAGACACGAGCUCCGACAAUUGGACGAGAAGCAGCUCAUCUUUGAAUUGGUGAAAGACAUUUGCAACGAACUGGACGUGCGGUCGCUGUGCCACAAGAUCCUGCAGAACGUCAGUACGCUGUUGAACGCCGACCGCGGUUCGCUGUUCCUGGUCCAGGGCGGCGGCCUGUCGGCUUGCCAGCACGAUCACCACCACCGGCCCUCGAAGCGCGUGUGCAGCCCCCGCAGACCUCACGCCAGCAUAACCGUCGGCUGUCUGAGCAAAGACGACCAUUCCGCCGCGUGCACGACCGCCACCACCACGUCCACCACGUCCACAACGUCUUCUACCGUCUCCGUCACGGCCGCGUCCACCGCGCCCGCGGCCGACGAAUUUCCCCGCCCCGCCGUCCAACACUCCCUGCAACAACAGAACCACACGCACCACAGCACCCAUCACCCACACCACCACCAUCAUCAUCAUCACAACAACAACAACAACAACAACAACUGCAAUCACCGUAAUCUGCAACGCAGUCUGUCGUCGUCUUCGUCGUCGUCGUCGGCGGCGUGCAACGAACGUGUUCCUACCGCUGUCACGUCGUCGCCGGCCUCUCAACCGGUGGCCCUUCAACCGGCGGCUCCUCAACCGGCCGUUCCCGUCGAAGAAGCGGCCGUCGGCGGCCUGACCGUCGGCUCGCCCAUAGGGUCCACCAACGUGGGUUCGCUGCACGCGCCCCUGAUGAACGCCCCGCACCAUUUCCAGGGCUGCCAGUCCAAGUGUCUGGUGUCCAAGCUGUUCGACGUGUGCUCGCGGUCCACGCUGCAGGAGAUGGAGAAGAAAAAAGAAAUCCACAUACCGUGGGGCACGGGCAUCGUCGGGUACGUGGCCGAAAGCGGUGAACCGGUCAACAUUCCGGACGCGUACAAGGAUACACGUUUCAACCACGAUAUUGAUGCCCGUACUGGUUACAAAACGCACAGUUUACUGUGCAUGCCGAUCAAAGAUUUCAAUGGCGAAGUAAUGGGCGUAGCACAAGUAAUUAACAAAAAAAAUGCACCGUGCUUCACACAAAACGACGAGAAAGUUUUCGCCGACUACUUGCAGUUCUGUGGCAUCGGUCUCAGAAACGCGCAGCUUUACGAAAAGAGCCAGUUAGAAGUGAAAAGGAAUCAGGUGCUAUUGGAUCUCGCGCGUAUGAUUUUCGAAGAACAGAGCACAAUAGAGCAUAUGGUUUUUAGAAUCCUCACGCACACUCAAUCGCUUAUACAAUGUCAAAGAGUUCAGGUAUUAUUGUUGCACGAGGCGUCCAAAGCGAGCUUUUCGCGGGUGUUCGACUUGGAAGCGAACGACUUGGAGGGAAAGGACAACGAGAGGACUAGCCCUUUCGAAAGCAGAUUUCCCGUCAACAUCGGUAUAACCGGUUACGUGGCCACCACUGGAGAGACCGUAAACAUUGCAAACGCUUACGAAGACAGCCGUUUCGAUCAGUCGGUGGACGAGGACACCGGUUUCAAACACUCCACCGUGCUGUGCAUGCCGAUCAAGAAUUCGUCCGGUCAAAUUAUCGGAGUGAUACAAUUAGUCAACAAGUUUGAUGAUCUCUUAUUUACCAAAAACGAUGAAAACUUCGUGGAAGCGUUUGCCAUAUUUUGUGGCAUGGGAAUACAUAACACACACAUUUUAAUUCGUAGGUUCGAAAAAGCCAUCAUUGCCAAUGCAAAACAAAAUGUUACGUUGGACGUGCUCAGUUACCACGCUUCGGCUUCACUGGAAGACGCGCAAAAGUUGAGGGCUUUGCAAGUGCCAUCGGCUGUUACGUACAAUUUGUACGAUUUUUCUUUCGAUGAUAUUUACAUGAGUGACGACGACACAUUACUGGCAAGCAUAAGAAUGUUUAUGGAUAUGGACUUGGUUGAACCUUUUCAUAUCGACUAUCAGGUCUUGUGUCGAUGGCUGUUAAGUGUCAAAAAAAACUACCGAUCAGUGACUUACCACAAUUGGAGGCAUGCGUUCAAUGUCGCUCAGAUGAUGUUUUCCAUUAUUACUGCAACACGGUGGUGGCAAGUUUUUGGCGACUUGGAAUGUCUAGCUCUCAUUAUCGCUUGUCUCUGUCACGAUUUGGACCAUCGCGGAACAAACAAUUCCUUUCAAAUAAAAGUUUCCUCACCACUUGCACAGCUAUACUCAACUUCCACUAUGGAACACCAUCAUUUUGACCAGUGUUUAAUGAUAUUGAAUAGUCAAGGUAAUCAAAUUUUAGGUAACCUAUCUCCAAACGAGUAUUCUCGCGUUAUUAAAGUAUUAGAAGAUGCUAUUUUAGCUACAGACUUAGCUGUAUACUUCAGAAAACGAGGGAAGUUCCUAGAACUAGUCCGUACGGGUAUGUACGACUGGACCAGAGAAGAAGAUAGAGAACUGUUUAGAGCCAUGUUAAUGACCGUGUGCGAUUUAGCCGCUAUAACCAAACCAUGGGAGAUUGAAAAACGAGUGGCUGAACUGGUGACUAAUGAAUUUUUCGAACAAGGUGAUAUAGAAAGAAGAAAAUUUAAUAUCACACCUAUUGACAUAAUGAAUCGAGAAAAAGAAGAUCAGUUGCCAAUGAUGCAAGUCGGAUUCAUCGAUUCGAUUUGUUUACCCAUAUAUCAGGCGAUCGCUGAUUUGUCAGAGAAACUAGAGCCAUUGAUCGAAGGGGUACGACAGAACAAAACACAUUGGCUAGAAGAAUCCCAACAGACGUAUCACCCACAGAGUCACAGUUAGAUGUGUAAUACAAUAAUAUUAUAUUAUAUUAUACAUUGGUGUUUGUAUGUGUUAGUGUGUGUCUAUGUUUGAUUGUGUGUGCGUGUGUGUGUGUGUGUGUGUCCCGUAUUUCUAAACUAGACAAUGUCCACACUAUUGAUAAAACCAAUCUACCUAACUUCCUUCUCAUUAGAAUAUAAGACUUAAAAAGAACAUAAAUAUUAUUUUACCUUGUAUGUUUUUAGUUAUAAACAAAAUAGUAUUUUCUGUGUUAUAGACUUGUAUAAAUUAAGAUUAUAUAAUUGUUAAGAGUGACAUCAAUGUUUUUUCUUGUAUUUUGUACCACCUACCUUUUACUAAAUAAUAAUAAAAAUAGACAUUAGCAUAUACACUAAAUAUGUAUUAUUUUAAAAUAUAAUAUGUUAUAAGUAUAUACCAAUGUAAUGUAUUCUUAAAAGACCACGUGUUGAUGAUAAAAAAAAAAAAAAAAAUAUGCUUUAUUAAUUUUUAUUUAUUGAACUCAUGUACAUCCCUUGCGACUUUAUGUGACAAGUUUGUAUAUCUGUUACUUAAGUUGUGAGUUAUUAUUAUUAUUAUGAUUAUGAUUAUUAUUAUUUUUUAUUAAAUUAUUAUUUUAUUGAAGAAAUAAAAAUAUUACCUGAACAACAAAAUCUAUUCAUACAAAUAUUGUUUUAAAUAUGCACAAUAAUUGUAUUCUUUUAAAGAGAAUUUUCCAAUCAAUCUUUUAGUCAAAUUAUUAUUUUAUAUCAGUCUGCUGUGUUUAAUUUUAUCUACUUAGUAUAUUAUACUAUAUUGUAAUAUUCAGUAAUUGUCUUAUUUGUGAUUAAUUUGAUCUAAUACUGAUGAUUUAUUUUGUCAAUUUAGAUUCUAGAAAUAAUAAGAUAAAUACAACACUUACAAAAUAUUAUGAGUUUUCUAAGUGAUGAAUAAACAUAUUGUACAGUGGUGGCAUGAGACUGCAAGAGUAGGUAUUGAGAAUUUAUUUGGUAUUUAAAGAUUUUGUGUUUAUGUAUGCAAUAUACUAUAAUUAUGUAAUUCA